AUGGUUCCUAGUCGCCCUGUUGAACUCACUCUUGUACACACCCCAACACCUCCCGGCAACACUCUUUCCGAAAAUCGGGAAUUCCCUGCUGUUGAAUCAGGCAAAAUUCACUCCUUGACCGACAUUCAGCGUACACUUACCGACAUGAAUCUGGCCUUAGCUGCCUUAGAAGCUGUUUCGAACGAUCCCACCGAUUUUCGCAUAUACUGUCCCUUCGUCCCUGACGUUACUCUCAUUGAUCUUCGAGAGUACGUCCAGGUUGCCUCUUUUGACCAACCUGAAAGUCUUAGAGAGAUAAUUGCUGGAUUUUGUGAUAAACAUAUCCGUGAAUUCAACAAUGUACUAACCGUUUUCACAGUGGAUGCCGAUCUUACCAAGAGGCCGGCCGUCAGAGCUAGUCGCAAAGAUGACCCAUCGGGGUUAAGCACGAUCGGUCUUAUCACCAAAUGGACUCGGUCUCUCGUGAAGAGGGUGCCGCCAUUCUGGGAGGUAAUCGUUAUCUGUUGCAUUUGUUUACAUAGGAGUAGUGACGAAGGUUAUUGGGAAGAACAAAUUUGA